AUGCAUAAUAACAAUUCAUUUUUCUAGAAUGACAUAAGUUAACAAUAAAUUGAUUAAGCACUCUUGAGAUUGAAUGCAUUACUUAAAGAAGAGCCACCAAAAUUAGAAAAACAAAAGCUCAAAAAACCAAUCUUAAUUAAUUAAGAAGAUGAAACAAGUAUAGUUUCAUCAUAACCUAACUAUACUUAGUAAACUAAAAUGACAUCUGAAUAAAUCAAUCAUUUUGUUGAUAGAAUGAAUGAUAAAUAUAAACAGUAAAUAGUAUUUUAAAGUCAUUCAUAGAACUUAGAAUAAAAUUAUUGAGCAGAGAAAAGAUAAAAUAUAUUCCCCUAUUAAAGUGAAUGAAAAAAGUUAAUCAAUUCUCAAAUAAAAAAUUCAAAAUGGUGAAUAUUAAUCAUUAUAUGAAAGAGCUAAAAUCAGAUAAAUUGAAAAACAGGAAAAAAUCAAAGAAAAUGAAAAACUUAAAGCUUUAGAAGAAAUGAUGAGUAUUAAAACUAAAUAUUGUGAAUCAAAAUCUGUUGAUCAUUUUUUACAGAAAAUGGAUUAUUGGAUGGAGAAAAAAACAUAAAAUAUAUAGAAUUAAUAAUAAGAAAAAAUAGAAAGAGAAUUAGAAGGAGUUACAUUUAAACCUAACCUUAAUCCAUUAUCUACAAAGAUGGCUAAAUAAUAGAAUAAAGAUGCCGAUAUAUUAGAACGUUUUUAAAAAUCAAAUCAAAAUAAAUAGAUGAAUGAAUAAAGAUUAUUAAAGGAUGAAUUAAAAAAAACUCCAUUCACUCCUAAAUUAAAUAAGAAUUCAGUUUUGAUUAAUAAAAAAGUUUAAAAAUAAUAACAGUUUAAAAAUCAUAACUAUUUUAAAAACUAAUAACCAUUAAAAUAAUCAAAUGAUUCAAGUUUUAGGAACUUUAAUAGUAUUAAUCAAAAACAAACUAAUCAUUCAAAAUAAUCAAAAUCAUUUACUCCUGAUAAUAAUCUUAUUAAAUAUUCCACAGAAAAAAUAAAAGAUGAUAAUCAAAAUAAGAAAAGAUCCAUUACACCAUUAAAAUAAAAUAAAAUCAUUCCUAAUGUAUAAGAAGUAAAAUAUAAUCCAAAUCUGAAGUUUUUAAUGACAUUAGUUUAAAACGAUAUGAAUUAUUCAUCCUUAUUUUGA